AUGAUGGAGACGAAAAAUAGAUUCCAAAUAUGCGAUGAAAUCGAUACUAAGGAGUUGGCGAAAGUGAUUGAGAACUGUCUCAAGGCGGAACCGGAAGAGAUCGUUGUUAUUCAAACUUCGAACCCAUCGUCGUUGAAUCGGGCAGUCCGAGCGACGGCGAUGGUCAGUCAGAUGGAAAGGCUCCUACCUUUAGUGCUGCGCUUUACAGGGCCACCGACUGAUGGUGAGGACAUAUGGGUGAGCAUGGCUACCGAGUGCAUACCCGAAGGAGAUGUGAGUGAGAUGAAGUCAUUACAUGUAUCUACUAAGAGUAGCGUAUCGGCCUUGGCCGUCGCUAUCACUAAUAUUGUACACAAUGGGGAAGUGGCUAGGCUAGUCGGGAUAGGCCCGGAGAACGUAUACAAAAUGGCAAAGGCUAUUGCUAUUGCGGCUAACCAUUGUGAGGCACAUUAUAGUUAUGAUGAUCAUGUUCAGGGGUGGGAAGCCGUUUUGGGGUGUGGAAAUUGUGGUACGAAUACAAUUGAAACGAAAGAAAAAAGUGCCACUGUGACAUGCUAUGUUUCUAGGAGUGCUGGUCUACACCUUUUCAAUCUCAAAUUCAACAAUCGAAAGAACAAAUUAGAUGAAUGA